CACACACAUUUUGAUUUCCAUAGGCAAUCAAAAAAGAUCAUCGAACUCUCUUUUCUCUGUAGUUUUUGUACAAAACCAGUAGCAGCUCUUUCAAGCGUUUUAUAUCCUUCAUUUUCAUGGAAGAUUCUCGGAGCUUGAAGGAGAAACAAGAGCUGAAGCGGCGGUUUCCGAGCAAAAGACAUGGAACAGAAGAGAAGUCUCGUAUGGAAGAUCAAGUGGAGUUGGCUGCUAUUGCGAUUAGCCUUAACGUGCGUUUGAGACCAUCUGAUAUGCCCGUUUACAUGCAAGAACACGCCCUCCGGUGUACUCGACAGCUUCUUGAUUCUGCCCCCAAACCCCAACCUAGCCUUACUCACUUGGCUCGAGCCAUCAAAAAGGAGUUUGACUCGGUGUACGGACCAGCAUGGCAGUGUGUGAUCGGGACCAGUUUCGGAUCAUUUGUGACUCACUCUCCAGCCAAGCUCCGAGCAGCAAGGUUGGUGGUCCAAGUUCAGACCCUAACCAAAACAGCUACCCGAGGGGCUCUAUCGAUCGGAAUGGACACACUCAUUCGUAGACGCAGAAGGUCUCGUUGUCAUCUUCGCUUUCCUAUUCUACUUCUGCUACUUUCAUUGAUCGGAAGGGUUAUCGGAGUCGUACUUGGAUUGUUGAUCACCAGAAUGUUGAUGAGAAGGCAAUAAUCUACAUACCAUAGGUUGGAAAUUGUAUUAUUAAUUGUUGCAAUUAAACAAGGGAUUCUUUUGUUUCGCUUUGCAUACACACACAAAAGAAAAACUUAUCAUUGUUUGCAAUCAAAAUAAUUAACAUAUCUUUGGAACUUGUCUUACGUUAAA